CCUUUACAGUUGAAAUCGCAUUGCGAAUUGGUCCCAAGCUGCCCUCAACCUUCCCUCCUUCUAUCGCGGUAAUUGAAGGCAAAAGAAAGAAAGAAAGAAAGAAAGAAAGAAAAGAAAAACCGGUCACCACUUUUUUCCGCCUCCAGAUCGACUUCCAUGCUGCAAGUUCCCCUUCGAGAGCGCAACACAGAUAUGGCUUCAACAACAAAAGCUGUCAUCUUGGUUGGAGGACCAUCCCGAGGAACCAGAUUUCGACCCCUCUCUCUCGACGUGCCAAAGCCCCUCUUCGAAGUUGCUGGCCACCCGAUCAUCUGGCAUGCUCUAAAGGCUGUGACCAAGAUUCCCGAUAUCCGCGAAGUUAUUCUGAUCGGAUAUUACGACGAGACUGUCUUCCGUGAUUUUAUCAAGGACUCUCUCAAGGAGUUCCCACAAUUCAAAAUUCAAUACUUGAGGGAAUACCGAGCAUUGGGUACUGCGGGUGGCCUCUACCACUUCCGUGAUGCGAUCCUCAAGGGCCGUCCAGAACGAUUCUUCGUCUUGAAUGCAGACGUUUGCUGCUCGUUCCCGUUGGUCGAAAUGCUCAAGUUGUUUGUAGAAAAGGAUGCUGAGGCGGUUAUCCUGGGUACUCGAGUCAGCAACGAGACGGCAACAAACUUUGGCUGCAUCGUCUCUGAUGCCCAUACAAAGCGUGUCCUGCAUUAUGUCGAGAAGCCUGAGUCUCAUAUCUCAAACUUGAUCAAUUGUGGUGUCUACCUAUUUGCCACGGAAUGCAUCUUUCCUUCAAUUAAAAGCGCGAUUAAGCGUCGCACCGCCCGGCCCCGCUUGUUCUCUUACCCAUCUUCUGAGCACCUGGAAUCCUCCUAUGGCGCCGAGCAGGAUGACGAGGGCGAGAAGAGCGAGGUCCUCCGUCUUGAGCAGGAUAUUCUUCCCGAUCUAGCAGACAGCAACCGUUUCUUCGUCCAUGAAACCAAAGAUUUCUGGCGUCAAAUCAAGACCGCCGGCUCCGCUGUACCAGCUAAUGCUCUCUACCUCCAAAAGGCUUUCCAGUCCGGAUCGGAGGAGCUAGCGGCCCCAUCAGCUACAAUUGUCCCACCAGUUUAUAUUCACCCCACUGCUACCGUCGAUCCAACCGCAAAACUCGGACCAAAUGUCUCCGUUGGUGCUCGUGCCGUGGUUGGAGCAGGUGCACGAAUUAAGGAAUCCAUUGUUCUUGAAGAUGCCGAAAUCAAACAUGAUGCGUGCGUUUUGUAUUCGAUCAUUGGAUGGAGCAGUCGAGUUGGGGCAUGGGCACGUGUUGAAGGCACACCCAUUCCAACUGGCAGCCAUUCCACCUCCAUUAUAAAAAAUGGGGUCAAGGUGCAGAGCAUUACAAUUCUUGGCAAGGAAUGCGGUGUUGGUGAUGAAGUCCGAGUGCAGAAUUGCGUCUGCCUUCCUUACAAAGAGCUGAAGCGGGACGUCGCCAAUGAAGUUAUUAUGUAAAAAGUUCGGAUUUCAAUAUCUGACCAAACUUAUUGAAUGAAGAGGGAGCAGGAUACCCAUAUAAUCCAUGGCUGAUUUAUAUACCACGUCAAUAACCAUUUACGUAGUACUAAGACCCAUUAUGAAUCUUAAGC